UUAAAAAUGUUUAUGUUGGUUCUAUUAAUGAUUCACCACCCCUCGUUCAUAGAGUAGUCUUCAUUGGUUGACCUUAAUUGGUUCAUGUCCUAGUUUACUUCCUCUUUGUACAUGAGAUGAAGGGUGUUGUUAGGUUUGAGACUUCACCAUUACUCUCCAAGCGUGAAGCAAGUUGGAAUGGAAGUGUUUCAAAUGUUGAUACUUAUGAAAGUGCUGCUCCUACAUGCAAAUGUGGGAAAAAGUGUAUCUUAUACAUCUCAAAAACAUCUAAGAAUCCUAACACACACUUCUAUAGGUGUCCUUAUUUUAAGCAACAAAGACCACAUUGUAACUACUUUGUGCAAAAGGAUAAAUUUAUUGAGUCACAAACUACAAUGGUUGAUCUCAAGUCAAAAACUACAAUGGUUGAGUUGCUUGAAGCCAAGAUUAAUCAAUUGGAGAAAGAUGUGAAAAUUAUGAAAAGUAAGAUAGAAGAUGAUAUAGAAGUGAAAAUUAAUCAAUUGGAGAAAGAUAUGGAAGUCAAAAUUAAUCAAUUUGAGAGGGAUAUAGAAGUUAUUAAAACUCAAAUAAUUGAAAUGCAAGUAAAGAUGGAACAAGACAAAAAUUGGAAACGAUGUGUAAGGGCAGUAGGGGUUGUGAUUGUGGUUUGGUUAUAUCCUUUUGUAUUUGGGAGUAGGAAAAGAUUGUCUAAGUAAUAUAUGUAUUAAACUUGGGUGGUGUGUAUUUUUCUGUUGUAAUGUUGCUUUUGGGUUGUAAUAAAUUGUGUUAACUUAAUGGUUGAAUUGGUUUACUUGUAUUUGAGUUUUUAAAUGAUUAAUAAAUAUAUUUUGUCUAUCUAACAAAAAA